AUGGAAGAUGGAGGUAAACUUUUUGGCAAGAGCCGUUGGAGGGGCAAGUUAUUUUCCAAGGACGAUGAGCCAGGUAAAACGACUGCACGACCACUCAACAACGAUGUGAUGGACUUUCUGGCGCCAUCGACGCAAAAAGCACAAGCAAUCGCACAGAAGCCCAAGAUCGACAUAUCUGCUGCGAAGAGGUGGCCCGAUGCCAGCGACAUAAAGAACGCUCCAAGCCCAGUCGUCAACUCUGCGCUACGUGGUGCCAAAAUUAGUAAAAGAGGGAAAGCUCUCACAGUCACAUUUGUGAGAAGCGCGCCUGAUGUUAUCGGAGAGGGCGGUGAUAUGGCUGAAGAUCCGGUCAUUAUCGUAUCGCAGAUGAAGACAGCGCACGCCCCUAGAAAGAUAACGCAACAAGACGAUGCUGCAAUGAAUCUGAACUUUUACCCCACGGCUGGUAUACAUGGACGUCCUGGUGCGCGCUCGCCUAAUGCGCUGAGUGAAAGACCGCAGAUGCGUGCAAGAGCUGAUACAAGUCAUGGCGAAGUCUCGCAGCCUUUGUACCAAAAGCUUGAGAAACGUAAAUCACCGCCUCUUCCUCCUCAGGGCCCUCAGGCAGGAGAAGGCUUCGGUUUCCGUCCGAAGCCUCUAGCACGAGCGCCGACUGGGUUCAAUACUAUCGAAGAGCCAGCUCCACCUCCAUUCAAGACCGACGAGGAGGACGAUUUCGUACCAAAACCUUUGAAGCGUGCACAGACGGGCUUCAGCGCCAGUGGAGAAUACCCAUCGAGCGAUGAAGAGCCCAAGUUACCGAAUGUGGAUUUCGAAGAUCCUCAUAUAGACAAGUUGAACAGACAAAAACGAACAUUUUCUGCCCAGAUGCGACAGAAGAUGGUGGAAGAAGAGGCACAAGCGUUCCAUAAAGCAUUGUUGACUCAGAGAGAUUCGGACGAAAAUGAACGACCGCAGACCGCAAGUGACGACUCUUCAAGCCCGCCUCAGGCUCUGCAGCCUCCAGGACCUCCUCCAAACCGUACGCUUCCACAGCCAAGACCUGUGGUGGCCACAGGAAACGGAUUUAAACCAUAUGUCCCAAACAAACCCCAAGUACUGAGCCCUGAGGAAAUAUCUCCCAAUGUAACAGGAAAAUUUUCGCAAGAUCGCGGCUCUCCUUACCAGCCACAACCGUCCCCUCGGUUGAGAUCACCCACAAAUGUAGCACCAUCUCAUGAUACCCAGCCUCGCCAGCGUACUGGACGCUCGCCUGUACCUGCUGGACCACGCGAAUCACCCAAGCCAUACAAACCUUCUCCAGAGCCGAAUUCUGUCCGACAGCCUACACAGUCCCCUAUACCAGGAUCACAGCCCCGCGACCUGCCUCCAUACUCACAAUCAGCACCUGAAAAACCAGUGAGCCGGCUGAAUCAGGAAGCGAGUAUUGAUAGGUCCCGUAGACCUCGGGCAGACACAGCAGUGUCUGCUACACCAUCUGCAGGUGAUGCUGCACUGGAAGACUUCGCGGAACGUGUGACCCACAUGCGCAGCAUUUUCCGUCUUACAGCGGAGCUAGAACGAGCUUUAUAUGACCAUAGUCCUACCACAUAUUCAAGAGCUGCAAUAUGGUGGUUCCUUAAAGGUCGUACGGGUCUGGAGGAUAUGAUUCGCAACAGCCAGAGGGAUGGACCUGCUCCACAAGAACGCCUCAUGCAGCCGCACGUUGACUUGGCAAAAACUUGGUGGAUAAUCACAGAUGUCAUGGGAUCACAUCCUGCUUUGCGGAAUUAUCAUGACAUCUCACCGCAAGCUCAAUCUAAAGCUGCGAGAGAUGCGAGCGAUAAAGCCGCAGCUGAAAUUUUUGAGCUAAUCGAGAUGGUAUCCACAAAUCUUAAAGCUCUCGUAUCGUCAAUGAGCCGGAACGGCGUCAUGCCACCACAACAAGCUCUCAUACAAGGACAAGACCAGUCGAUAUGGAUCAAAUACCCAAAGUUUCACUCAGAUGUCGCGCCUCUGCUUGUUGGGAAGAGUUCUCGUUCUUUGUUAGCUGAGGAGUCCUCAUCCAAUGCCAAUCCCAUGUCUACAAUGCCUCUUAGUGAUACACGAGACGAAUUUUGCUAUGGAAGGAUGUUUGUACGCGUUUCUUUGUCCACAGACGACGCUGACACUGAUCGGGUUGACUUGCCGUGUGUGCUGACAAUUUUACGUCCGCGAGACGACUGGAGGCUCAAAGUCGCAAUUUGCAGUCAAAGCGAGCUCGUAAAUAUCAUAGUUCAAGGUGACAGAAAGGCUGGACCAACAUGGGAAGAUGUGCAAUGGCGUACUAAAGCCCGAGGUCUGACUGUACAUCUACCGCGAGGGUAUGCUUUGAAUGUCGAUUUCCAAGAAAAAGACUUUAGGACUCUGUAUAACAUCUACGACUAUACGGCAAGGAUUGAACGUAGUCUUGCGCCUGAGCCUGAGAUUGAGAAGAUUAGCUACGAACUCACCCUGAGAGACUUCCAGUAUACCAACACAGCCAAUCCUCAAGCAUUCCCACAGGAUCGAGUAAGAAGAUGCCGAGUCAAGAUCUUCGAGAGACAGGAUCAUGUAGCUCACGGAACCGGCUUGCGACGAUUUCAUCGCGGAUACCGUUUUGUUGUUUGUUCGAGUCCAAGAAACAAGACUUUGAACAGUGUUUGUCACACCCUCGGCAUUUCAGCACCUGUUGAUUUCGAAUUCAGACAGGAUUCCAACGGCCAGGAUUCACUACCUGCACUGCAAUUGCGCUGUAUAGAUGCUAAAUCGAAGACCACCAUGGUUCUCGGCUUCAACAACACGAAGGAGCGCAGUGCUCUAUUCGCAGCAUUGACUGGAAUGAAUCCUGAUAAGGAAGAGACAGUGUUUGCUCAAAUGCCGUUGCAAAGUCUCACAAUUGAACCAACGGCCGUUAGUGGCGUGUCAUCUUCUGUAGGCGCCGUCACAAAGAAUUUUAAAUGGACGGACGUAAAGGUUAUCAAUGCUGAUCCUGAAGUUACCAACACGGACAUACCCAAGACAGUGAUGAGCGAGUACCUUCGAGUGGUUGCGCGUCAUAACGCAGGUAGCUGGACGGACUGGAUGAACCUUGCGCCUGGGCAGAUGCAGAUCCGUCUCGACACCACGAAAAGCCCAAGGUUACUUAUGAAACGCGAACCUCAACUCGACGUAACGGCGUCGAUUGACGCGAAACGAGCAGAGUCGAGUGCACCAGAGGCACUCAAUCAGCUCGUUCAGGUAAUCGAGAAAGCAUCAACAAUACGAGUCUUUGAGUUUCAAAAUAUGCAAGAUCUCCACAAUUUCGAAUCGGCUGUUACCGGUUUCAGCAUUCGCUUUGAUGGCGUUGCCAGUACGGUACACAUCGCACGUCGUCGAAUGGUCGUGCCCAUUUACAAAAAAUGGGAGGCCAAUCAGGUCCGCGUUCAGAUUGUGGAGCGUGAAAACAUGUGCCAGGUCGUCUUUUUUUUCGAUAAUUUUUCGCAUGCCGAGGCCAUGAAUUUCCAGAUCAAGCAAAUGGAUGUGUUCGAGAAGAUUGAUAAAGGCAAGGGUUUCAGCGGCGGUAGCAACUGGGGCUUGAAGCUCGCAGAUGCCAAGUUCGCAUUGCCUGGUGGGAAGGGCGAGGGGCGAGAAGGGAAAGGGGAGAAGAACAGGUUCUUGAGCUUGGAUCUGCUUGAGUAUGCAGGUGAACAUGAUGAUAUCACCAUUGGGUUUGACUCACAGGAAGAGCGCGAUCGUUUCUCGCGAGCCCUACCAGCGGCCACGCAGGUAGUCCGUUCAAUGACCAUGCGAAGGAAGAUAUAA